AUGAUUGUGCAGAUGGAUAAAAUGUCUGCUCCUCCUUCUCGGGAUCGUGCUCAACGCCUGUAUGAGAAGAACGUUGAGUUAGAGAACAAACGAAGGAAGUCAGCUCAGGCACGGGUUCCAUCUGAUCCCAAUGCCUGGCAACAGUUGCGUGAGAACUAUGAAGCUAUAAUUCUUGAGGAUCAUGGUUUUUCUGAGCAGCACAACAUAGAAUAUACGUUGUGGCAAUUGCACUAUAGGCGUAUUGAGGAACUGAGAGCUCACUAUACUGCUGCCCUUAAUUCUGCUGGCUCAAACUCAUCUCAGGUUCCUGUCCGUCCUGAUCGUGUCUCAAAGAUACGGUUACAGUUUAAAACAUUUCUUUCCGAGGCAACUGGGUUUUAUCAUGAUCUGAUUUUGAAAAUCAGAGCCAAGUAUGGGCUUCCCCUGGGUUUCUUCUCAGAUGGCGCGGAUGACAGAGUUGCUAUGGAGAAAGAUGAGAAGAAAUCUGCUGAUAUCAAGAAAGGAUUGAUUUCCUGCCACCGGUGUUUGAUAUACCUUGGUGAUCUUGCAAGGUACAAAGGACUAUAUGGAGAUGGUGACUCUAAAAUACGCGAGUAUGCUGCAGCUUCAAGUUACUACUUGCAGGCUGCAUCUCUUUUGCCAUCAAGUGGCAAUCCGCAUCACCAGCUUGCUAUUUUGGCUUCAUAUUCCGGUGAUGAGUUGGGGGCAGUGUACCGUUACUUUAGGAGCCUGGCAGUCGACAAUCCUUUUAUGACAGCACGAGAUAAUCUGAUUGUUGCUUUUGAGAAGAACCGUCAGAGUUGCUCUCAGUUGGUUGGUGAGGUCAAAGGUUCUGUAGUUAAGGAGUCACCAGUUCGAGGAAGGGGAAGAGGAAAGGGGGAACCAAAAGGUGGAUCUAAAAUUCCAAGUGUUGAAGCUGAUGGCUCCAAGGAGAAGUCAACUGAUGUUAAUGAGAUUCGUAAAUCAUUUUGCAUUCGAUUUGUACGUCUGAAUGGCAUUCUUUUCACCCGCACGAGCCUGGAGACAUUUGCGGAACUUCUCGCAUCAGUCAGCAGCACUUUCCUUGAGCUUCUAUCCUCUGGUCCUGAAGAGAAGUCAAAUUUUGGCGCAGAUGCUGUUGAGAAUGGACUUUUUAUUGUUCGUUUAGUCUCCAUCCUUGUAUUUACGGUUCAUAAUGUGAAGAAAGAGGCUGAAGGUCAGAGUUAUGCAGAGAUUGUGCAGCGUGCUGUUCUUCUUCAAAAUGCAUUUACUGCAGCUUUCGAGUUAAUGGGACAUGUAUUGGAGAGGUGCGAGCAGCUUAAUGAUCCUUCGUCAAGUUACUUGUUACCUGGAAUUCUGGUAUUUGUGGAGUGGUUGGCCUGUUGCUCCGAUAUUGCUGGAAGUGGUGAUGCGGAUGAGAAAAUGGUUGCUGUAAGGUCAAACUUUUGGAGGUGCUGUAUUGCCUUCAUGAAUAAGAUCUUGUCGUUUCUGCCAAUAUCCUUUGAUGAUAAUGAAGAUGAUACAUGCUUCAAUAACAUGAGCCGGUAUGAAGAAGGGGAAACUGGGAACAGGCUUGCUUUAUGGGAAGACUUAGAGUUGAGAGGGUUUUUGCCACUUGUCCCUGCUCAGUCCAUUUUGGACUUCUCAAGGAAAUACCCAUUCACAGCUGAUGGUUCUAAGGAAAGGAUGGCUCGUAUUAAGAGGGUUCUUGCUGCAGGGAAGGCAUUAGCAAACGUUGUGAAGGUCGAUCAGAAACCAGUCUCCUUUGAUUAUAAGGUGAAAAAAUUCGUUAUAGGUGCCGUGCCUCAUGUUUCUGGUGAUGAUGUAUUCAACUCUGAUUCUGGACUUUCAAAAGCAAGUAAAUUGAUGCAAGAAUAUACUCCUGAGGAAGCUAUCAGUUUUGGGGCCUUGAAUACAAACCCCCAGCGAUGUGUUGAAGGAGAAGAGGAUGACGAAGUAAUUGUUUUCAAGCCCUUGGUGAGUGAAAAGCAAAAUGAUGAUUUACAUCCAAAGCUUGCUCCUUAUGAGAGCUCAAGACCUAUUAGAAACCUUUCGGCUGCUGAUCUACAAUUCGUUGGUGGCUCUGUCUCUGCUGCCGUUGAUAAUCAGCUCCUUCCUGCUGCUUUCAACGGACAUCCUCAAAUAUCAACAUCUGCUGGUAUGGUUGGAACUCAGCACCCAUCAGCAAUCCAGCCGCCUACUACUUCAAAGUGGCUGAUGGAGGAAGCUGCACUGCUCGCUAAUAACCUGAAAAGUGUCAGGUUCAUGGAGAAUGGGCACACAACUGGCUAUGAGAUGCAGAAAGAUUUUGGUUUAGCCCAUUUGCCUGUGUCUGCUUCAGUUAUAAUGCAACCACCACCCGUGAAUUUUGGUACUACUGGCAUGAUAUCGAACCAAAUGAAAGUUCCAGAUGCAAGCUUUCCUUCCAAGGUUGGUACUAUUUCUUCUUCUGGAAUGUACCCUGAAAGUGAUGUACAGGCAUCAAGUGCCAUGCCGGCUGGUUUUAGGAGGAGCCCUGUAAGCCGGCCUGUUAGGCGUCUUGGCCCUCCACCUGGUUUUACUUCUGCUCCAUCGAAGCAGGUGAUAGAUUCUUUUUCUGGUUCAGAUUUACCUACUGAGAAUCCUCUAGCAGAUGACUAUAGCUGGUUGGAUGGCUAUCAGUUGCCAUCUUCAACCAAAACCUCAGGGUUUAGUGGUUCGUCCAGCCUCUCCUCUUAUCCCACUCCUCAAUAUGCCAGCAACAAUAAUGGAUUAAUGGGGGCAGUCAACUUUCCAUUCCCUGGAAAGCCGCUGCAAGGAUCUCAGGUGAAGUUAGAGAAUGAAAGAGGUUGGGAAAAUUUUCAGGCUUUUGAGAAUCUAAGAGCACAGCAAGAGCAGUACCUGCAGCAACAACAGCAACAGCAACAGCAACUCCUUAAUGGAAAUCAGCAAUUUGCGACAAUGCCUGAGCAGUUUCAUGGACACUCCAUGUGGAACGGGCGUAAUAUCGUGUGA